AUGCCGUCGCCAAUUGCUUUGGAGGAGUGGAUAAGGUCACCGGUCGAAUGCAAUGUCAUCAGCUACGACUCUCCGUUGGAGGAUACACCGCUGGACUCGACUGCAGGUUCUCAUUCGCGUCACUAUGCUGCCAGGAACUGCGCCCAAAAUGCCUAUUCGAUGCUCUUCAUUGAAGCCACGACAACACAUCCAAGCUUUUCCAAUUCCUCCUUACGAUGGCCCUGUCGGCACGAGCGGGUCCGCCCGGUUUCAAAUCAGCCUCGCGACUCCGACCCCCAUCAUGCCAUCAUUCAUCAUAAGCUUCUGGAUACAGUUCCAAACCCGGCCCCCAUAUCGCAAAGUACGAACGAGUGUAUGGGCAACCUUCCAUUUGCAAUUUUCUAUGCUCAAGAGCUACUAUCACCGGCGCGCCACCAUUUGACACGCCAACCCAACGGUCUUAGGUAUAUCAAGCCUGGCUCAAGCAUCUUGAGCUUGAUGUGCUGUCCCACGAUGGUUGUGCGCUGCUUUUGGCACAACCUGAUCAGCUUCAAAUGGUUUGAGUAUAUCCGUUGA